CAUUUUGAAAGUCAGAAACCAGAAAAGACAAUUUGACUCACGCUACCUUCACACAACUGCUAGCGAGCAGGCAGGCGGCGAGAGGAUCGGCAUCUAAAAAAGCGACUUGAAAAAACUACUUAACGAGUGCCUAAUCUCGGUUGAAGAGGACAUCCCACCAGCAUGAACCAGGAGUCACUGGAGUCUGAUGGCGACUGUGCACAGGAUGUAUCCGACUUCAGCUGGGAUGAUUAUUUGGAGGAGACGGGCGCUGCAUCUGUGCCUCAUCACGCCUUUAAACAUGUGGACCAGGGUCUGCAGACGGGUUUAACUCCAGGCAUGAAGCUGGAGGUGUGCGUGCGCUCGGAGGCCGACGGUCCUUACUGGGUGGCCAGCAUCAUCACAACAUGCGGCCAGCUGCUGCUGCUCCGCUACGAAGGAUACCAAGAGAACCGCAGUGCUGACUUUUGGUGCGACACCAUGACGGCUGACCUGCACCCGCUCGGCUGGAGCCGGCAGCAUGGCAAGCUCAUGAGAGCCCCUGACGGUGUGCGUGAGAGGCACCAGGACUGGGAGGCUUUACUUGAAAAGGUCCUGGCUGAGGAGUGCAGCGCGCCUGCCAACCUACUCGAAUUGCCUCAGCGCGGCCGAGACCCAAUGGAGCUGCUGAGCGCCGGCUGCUAUGUGGAGCUUCAGGACAGCGUUGACCCAGGGCUGGCCUGGGCAGCUGAGGUCGAGGAGAACGUCGGAGGAAGGCUGAAACUGCGGCUCAUCGGCACAGAGGGUCUCCCCGACACACCCGCCACCCUUUGGCUUUUUUACCUCCACCCACGCCUCCACCCACCCGGCUGGGCUCGAGAGCACGGCUGCGCCCUCAGGCCUCCUUCUGAACUUUUGGCGCUGCGAACAGAAGAAGAAUGGAAGGAGGUGAGGCAGAGGAUCACUGAACUUCCUCAAGAUGAAGCUCUGACUGCAGAGCUAAAUAAGGACCAGCCUGGCAUUGCUGUUCAUUGUUUCAAAGAAGGGAUGAAAUUAGAAGCCGUUGACCCUGCCGCACCAAUCUCUAUCAAACCGGCCACUGUCACCAAGGUGUUCAAUGAGCAUUACUUCCUGGUGACAAUGGAUGACCUUUGUGGUAUUGAGGAGUCGGAAGGCUCCGGGCGAUCUUUCCUGUGCCACCGAGACAGUCCAGGCAUCUUUCCCGCUCAAUGGAGUCUUAAAAAUGGACUCCCUCUCAGCCCGCCACCAGGCUACCAGGGUCCAGACUUUGACUGGGCUGAUUACCUCAAACAGUGCGAGGCCGAAGCAGCUCCCCAGCACUGCUUCCCCACCGAGACGUGUGAACACAGCUUUAAAGAGUCCAUGAAACUGGAGGCUGUCAACCCGCUGUCACCAGAGAACAUUCACGUGGCAACAGUCACCAGGGUGAAAGGGCAAUACAUUUGGCUCAGCCUGGAAGGUCUAAAACAUCCCAUGCCUGAGUUGACAGUUCAUGUGGACUCUCUGGACAUUUUCCCCGUCAGCUGGUGCGAGACAAACGGCUAUCCACUCGUCUACCCCAUCAAGCCUGCAGUAGAAAAUGAGAGGAAGAUUGCUGUGGUACAGCCUGAGAAACACAGAGCGCCGCCAAAGUUGUCCUCGCCCGACACUGUUAAGCAGCAGAUGGCAAACCAGCCAGAGGCUGGACAAGGAAAUGGCAAAUACUGCUGCCCCAAGAUCUACUUUAACCAUCGCUGCUUCUCCGGGCCGUACCUUAACAAGGGACGCAUAGCUGAGCUGCCCCAGUUCAUCGGCCCUGGAAAUUGUGUCCUUGUCAUCAAAGAGGUUUUGACUCUUCUAAUCAACUCUGCGUACAAGCCGAGCCGCGUGCUGAGGGAGUUGCAGCUGGAUCAGGAGAGUCGCUGGCAAGGCAACGGGGAGACUCUCAAAGCCAAAUAUAAGGGAAAGAGCUACAGAGCCACCGUGGAAAUUGUCCGCACAGCAGAUCGUGUGGCAGACUUCUGCAGGAAGACCUGCAUCAAGUUAGAGUGCUGCCCCAACCUCUUUGGACCUCGCAUGGUUCUGGAGCACUGCUCAGAGAAUUGCUCUGUCCUCACCAAGACCAAAUACACGGCGUAUUACUACGGGAGGAAGAAGAGCAAACGGGUGGGCCGCCCGCCAGGAGGACACACAAACCUCGAGGCUGGAGUGAAAAGAAGAGGAAGGCGGAGGAAGAGAAGGAAGCAGCUCUUUGUCCAUAAAAAAAGACGCUCGUCAACGUCUGUCGAUAACACACCCGCUGGCUCUCCGCAGGGCAGCGGUGACGAAGAAGAUCUUGAUGAAGACGACUCCCUCAGCGAAGACUCCGGCUCAGAACCGCAAGACGAUUUUCAAGAUGAUUCCGAACAAUCGGCAGAAAAGUCUCAGCCUCCUACGCCGUCUCCGUCCCCACCCGCAACACCCAGGCCCACGCGGCGGCGGCGAAAACCCCGCUCACCCUCUUUUUCCGACGAUGAGAACCACCCUCCGUCACCAAAGACGUCAAAGACAGAAGCGCCGCAAAAGUUGUGUUUGGACACCAGCCCCCUGGAGUGGAGUGUGACCGAUGUGGUUCGUUUCAUCCGGACGACUGACUGCGCACCUCUCGCUCGCAUUUUCAUGGAUCAAGAGAUCGACGGACAAGCUCUUCUGCUGCUCAACCUGCCAACGGUGCAGGAGUGUAUGGACCUGAAGCUGGGACCGGCCAUCAAGUUGUGCCACCACAUUGAGCGAGUCAAACUGGCGUUUUAUCAACAGUUUGCCACGUAGCUGAAGAACGAUAUACAAAGCAGGGACUAUUUAUUCAUACAAAACAGUCAUGUCCCAUGUUGACUGUGCUUACACUGGAUAUCUUCUUGACACCCACACAUGACCAUGUGGUGUUGAACAUCAGAAGAGCAGCUGUAAAGAGCAGCAUCAACGGUGAGAUUUCUGGGUGUUUAAAAACAAAACAAAAAAAAGUACAAAAAAAGAGCUGCAAAUAGUAAAAAAAAAAAAAAUAAUACACACUGCAAGGUCUCUUCAGGUAAAGACUGAAUGAGUUUAAAUGUGUUUUGAGGACAAGGUGAUUUUUGAGGCUGUGAAACUUUUUCAUUUUAGGUUUCAGAAAAGGCUUUUUAAUUUAUGUGUCUUCUAAGUGCUCCAAAUUCCCCAUCCCUCUUUUUAAAAAUUGUGUUGUCAUGCAAAUAUUUCUUCACAUAUGCUUGUAAAUAUUUGAUAUUGAUAUUGUAAUCUAAUCUCGUAUGCGCUCAUUCGCCAGUCCUGUUCAAGUGUAAAGAGAGUUUUUAAGCGCUUAAAAAGACAAAUCUGCUUACACAAGAAAAUUCCAAGUCGCACCGCAAAAGUGUGGCCCUUUGACACUUAAAUUGCAUUUUGUCACAGUGAUGAAACAAAAUGUAACAUAAUGAGCCUUCAAGCCAACAACAAAACAGUUUGCAUAAGGAUUUGAUUUCAGUGAGGAAAAAAGUAAUUGUUGUAUUAUGAAUAAUGGAACUAAUGCAGGCACAAGUGAAAGUAUGCACAGUAUAGCAAUACUGAUGUGACUGCAUGGUUGUAUAUAGUGUACACAAAUAUCGUUAGUGCAACAGGGUAAUUCAACGAAAAAUAAUUGAGAUAAAUACUCCUACCGAAUAAGCAAUGUGAAAAUGCUCUUAAUGUUCACUAUAUUUGCACAGAAUAGUUCAAACUUUCAAUUAAACCUAGUUUAUUUGGAGCAGUAUUUAUGGUGAUCAUUUGAGCCAGUUUACAUAAUUUCUUUUUGAAUCAACCCAAUGCGAGCAGAAAAUAAACCAACAAAUAU